CCACUCGCUUCUGGGCUCAUUUCACUCCGCGUUGCGGAUCAUAGACAAGACUGUGCGUGUGAGCGAUAGCUAGGCCGACAGACAUCCAAUCUAGUUUCUGCCAGAUUGUUGAUAAUCACAAGUUUACUGGAGAACUGAGACCAAGUAGAGACUUUGGACAGGGUGGAUAAUUCUGCUUUCACCUAUUCAGUCUGAUCAAAUCGGCGAAAGGGAGUGAGCGAGGGCGCAAGAAUGCUGGCGAGAGAUGGAAGUCCCAGUAUUUCGAUGUUUUCCUUGACGACGAGGUGCUGAAGGCAUAGUGGUAUGAGUAAUGGCAUGGCCCAGAGUCCCAUGCCUUCUGCUGAUCCUGCUGCUCCUACUACAAACCUGCUUACCUCAACCAGGCCCUCCAUCUCCUCCCUCCGUUCCCCAGUGUCACAUCCCCUAUACGGAGGGUCAACAGGCAGGUAUCCACUGUUUCUGGGAGCCAGGACAGGACCCACAGAUCCCCACCUCCUACAGACUGUGCUGGAACUCUACGGAGGGCGGUAGCGGCUUCGUGGAGGGCACCAAUGUGAGUGGCGUGAUCCCUCGUGACCUUUACUCCAGUUACAGUUACAUGACUGUGUUGGUCAGAGCUGAGAACCAGCAUGGCUCUGCCAAGUCUAAAACGGUUGAAUUCAACUCUGGCGAUAUCAAAAAGCCACCCACCCCUAAAAUCACUGACCAUUGUCCUCAGCCUCUGGGGAUCUACUGGACAUUGCAGUGUAAUGAUCUAGGCAGCUCUGACCAACACUGUGAGGUCCAGUAUCGCACCCAGGACCAGCAGGGCUGGACUCAGGAAGACCAGCUCCUACGCAACUUCCUGCUCCUGACUCCACGGCCCUACACUGUGUAUGAGUUCCAGGUGCGCUGUGCCUGUGAGGGCCCUGAGGCCCUGAUGAGUGACUGGAGCUCAGUCUACACAGCACAGAGUUCUGAGUCAGCGCCUGUGAAAGCAUUGGAUGUGUGGAGUGACUGUGGAGUCACCUCUGAGCUUUCUCAAUGUGCCCUUAUGUGGAAGGAGAUGCCCACCUGGUUGGCUCAGGGGAAGGUGCUGGGGUACGUGGUGACAUUAUCACACAGUAAUGGGACAGUGAAGGUUGUGAACGUGUCCACGUCAGAGCUUGAUGGCCCGUGUGUCUGUCAAGAGAAGAGAUGCCGCUUCACUCCCUCUCUGCAGGGUGUAUCAGGGGUGGAUGUGUCAGUCUACAAUUCCCAGGGUGCCAGCAAACCUGCUCCCCUAGCUCUACCCACAUUAGGUCUACAGGUGCCAGAGCUAUCCUUCACUGUGAACCUGGAUAUAUUGAGCCUCAAUGUAUCUUGGUCUCUGCCACCCCAGGCCAUUGAAAACAUGCAGGAGUAUGUGGUACAGUACAAGAAGAUGGGACUUCCUCUGACAAAGGGUUUUGAUUGGAUAAAAGUACACAAAAAAAAUACAUCAAUCAUUUUAAGAGGUGACUUUGAGAAACACACUGCUUACAAUGUGUCAUUGUUUGCGGUGUUCAUCAACAGUAGCUGCCUGCUUGCAUCUACAAUUGGGUAUUCACUUCAUGGACUCCCACCCAAAGUGCCUGUGUUCAAUGUCCAGCAAAUCGCUGACUCUGAUGUGACUUUGUCCUGGCAACACAUCUCCCUGAACCAGAGUAAGGGGCUCAUACUGCGCUAUCAGCUGGUACUAAACAACUUUACAGUGUACAACGUGAGUGCGGACCAGAGCAGCUUCCAUCUGUUAGGACUUACACCGGGUCACCACCAGGUCUGGAUCAGGGCUGAGACUAAGGCUGGACUGGGACCCAGUGAAACCAUCAGCUUCUCCACCAAGAACAGCCAUGGUUACCUCAGAUAUCUGCUGCCAUUAAUAUUAAUAUUAAUACUGUUGCCAUUUGUCAUCAUCUUAAGUAUACAAAUGAAGACUUGCUUCUUGGUUCCUGAGUGGUGUUGUGAGAAAGGGCCUGACCCCAGCAACAGCAAACUGUUCCAACAGAUGACAUUGCAGUUUAACAGCUCCUUGACGGUGAUAUGCUCUCCUCUGGAGUCUAACCCAAAGAUCUCUGAGCUGGAGGUGGUGGAAAACCUUUUCUGGGAUGUCAAGGCCUGCCCUAGGAAAAGGUCCAGCCCUGAUGGACAGACAGAGGGGAUGUUGGGAGAGGAACGCACCCACACAAGGACUGACACAGAGGGGGAUAAGGAGGCGGUUGCUGACAAGGGUUACAGUAAAAUGAUUGACACUGACGAGGAGGAGAGGGACGGGGGAGAGUCCGGGAGCUUGUCGGGGGACGAUCAGUUUGUUUCGGACUAUGAGAAGCAUUUCAUGCCUUUGGAUGUAUGACCCUAUUGUCUGUCUGGUGUGGUGCUAACCAUCAUCUCUUUUGGUGUGUGUAUAAUCUCCUCAUACCAACGACAAGACAGGACAGCCAUUGUUCAGUCGGAACCCCAAGGGCCAAACAGGUCAAUUGUGGGCUAUUGUGCUUGUUGAUCUAGAUGCAGAUCGCUGAUUCAUGGGAAAGGGUUGCCCUAAAAACAACACGAGUGCACAAGUCGAAGUACGCCACUCGUCUUGUUGUUUUCAAGGAAAGGAAAAGGGAUGUUGUCGACCGUUUGUUU